AUGCUCUUCCUCGGCCUCGCCCUCCUUGCCGCGCCGGCUCUCGCGCACAUGGAGAUGACCUUCCCCGCCCCCUUCCGCUCAAAGUACAACACAUAUGUCAGCGAGCCCAACCGCGACUACUCGAUGACCAGCCCCUUGCUCGCCGACGGCUCAAACUACCCGUGCAAGGGCUACCAGAGCGACUUUACCACCGCAGAGGGCGCCUCGACGGCUACCUUUUCCCAGGGCGGCACCUACAACUUUACCGUUGUUGGCACGGCCAUCCACGGCGGCGGCUCGUGCCAGGCCUCGCUCUCGUACGACGGCGGCAACACGUUCACCGUCGUCCAGUCCAUCGAGGGCAACUGCCCCGUGUCGGGCUCGGGCAACUUUGACUUUACCGUCCCCUCGGACGCGCCCUCUGGCGACGCCGUGUUUGCCUGGACCUGGUUCAACAACAUUGGCAACCGUGAAAUGUACAUGAACUGCGCGCACGUUACCAUCGCGGGCUCGUCGGCCGCCAAGCGCAGCUCGGGAGCCGCGUUCUCGUCCCGCCCGGCCAACUUUAUCGCCAACGUGAACAACGGAUGCUCGACCGUCGCCAACAUGGACGUCAUCUUCCCCAGCCCCGGCCCCGACCUUCUCUCGCAGUCGACCGGUGCCACCUCGGCCCCAGAGGGUACCUGCGGCGCGGUCGGUAGCAGCAGCUCGGGAUCGACCUCGUCGUCGAGCUCUGCCGCUGCCGUCGAGUCGGCCACGACCUCUGUCAACAACAACAACCUCGUUGCCACCUCUGGAUCUGCCGAGGCCGCCGUUAGCGCCAGCUCUACCGACGCCGCUGCCGUCCCCACCGACACUUCCGCUGCUGCCGUCACUUCUGCCGCCGUCCCCGCAACCACCUCGUCGUCGGGCACCAAGAAGUGCAACAAGAAGCGCAAGAUCAAGCGCGCCAUGACCGCCGAGGCCAAGGCCAAGCGUGACGCCCUCAACAUGACCGAGCGCGCUGCCGAGCCCGAGCCCGUCGCGCCCAUCGCCCGCCCCAACAUGCUGUACGUGUCCAAGCGCGACGCCGCCCUCAAGCGUCACGUCCGUCGCAUCGGCAACAAGGAGGGCAAGCGCCGUCACGAGUUUAGCGUCUAA